GGCCUCAUCAGUGACGAACUCUGCCAACUGAUUCUAUCAAUAAACUUUGGCUCAUUCAGUCCCGUCGUAUCCUUGAUUGGUCUCGGUGGAAACUGCAUCAACAUCAUUGUCUUCGUGACGCAAGGUUUCCACGACACGGUCAACAUUAGCCUUUUGGCUUUGGCCGUCAGUGACAUGGGGACGCUGCUGGACAAUCUUAUCAUCGCUAUCCUCAACAAUCCCAUCUUACUUAAUUCAGAAAUUUUAAUUGAGCCAAAAGAGUUGCAGACCUCAGUGGUUGGGUUGCCCAUGGCCUCCUUCAGCAAGAUCACCAGCUGGAUAACGGCGUACAUCACAUUCGAAAGAUGUCUGUGCGUUGUGGUCCCAUUGAGAGUCAAGAGAUUGGUCACUCCUAAAAUAGUUGUUUUCAUAAUGGCUUCAAUCUACGUGAUGAUGUUUGCAAUCCUCAUACCCGAGUACAUGACCUUCUAUUUAGACUGGAAAUAUUUCCCCGACAGAAACAAAACUCUGAUUGGCAUGGUGCCGAGAAAGUACAGUGAGGCUGCAAGGGGGAUAACUUUUACAAUUUACACAUCUUUUCAAUUCCUUUCUAUUCCCUUAAUUAUUCUUUUCACCAUUAUUCUUACUGCAAAGCUACGACAAAAAUCAAAAUGGCGCUUUAAAACCACUUCUGGGACGGACCGAGUUUUGAAAAACAUGGAUAAGAAAGAAUCCAAGACAAUUAAAAUGAUAACAGCUAUCGCAUUCAUACACAUCCUUUGUUAUUUGCCGGCCUACAUUGGUUUGCUCAUUGUCAUCACGGUUCCAGAAUUUUCCAUCGUCGGACUUUACAAGAACUCGUUUGUUGUAGAAUUUUCUUUCUCUGGGUUGUUCGAAGCCGUGAACUCGUCACUGAGUAUUUUCUUGUAUUACAGAAUGAGUACAAAGUACAGGCGCAUAUUUAACGCUAUUUUUAAGCAAAGGAAGACCGGAUGUAACGUAACUUUAUCAAGUUAA